GAUUCGAUCGGAGCCCCAGCGCAAUCAGUCUUCGAUUAGGCGCGUCGCGAAACGGUUUUGCUUUUUGUUUGUUUUAAUUCGCCUUAAGCCUGUCGUCGGCUAAUUUCUAGAAACCGCGGGAAAGUGUAACAAUCCUGUAGCAGGAAUCACCAUGUCUCUGGCUCCGUUCGAUAUUGACCACACGCCGCCCGGGCCGGAACUGAUCGAGAUUGCCCGUCGGGAGCUGCGCGAAACGCCGGAAGUUCGGGAGGCGGCCAUCGUCGAGCUGCGCCGGUUGCUUCAGCUUGCCACCGAUUUGCACUACCGGGACGAUGACGACUUUCUGCUGAUUUUCCUGCGACCCUGUCACUUCUAUCCCGACAGUGCCCUCAAGAUGAUGCGACGGAUUGCAGAGUUCAAAAAGCACAACUACCCCCUCAUGCACAAUCUGCACCCGGAGGACGAGAAGCUGUCCUUCGUGGAUCACUCGGUCGUCAACGUGUUGGUCAAUCGAGAUCAGAAGGGUCGCCGCAUCCUGGUGGUUAACUGCGGCAAGGCCUGGGAUCCCAAGGCCGUCACUCCGGAGAAGAUGUUCCGGAUGCUCCUGAUGGUUCAAAUGAUCUCCCAACUGGAGGUAUCGACUCAAAUCAACGGCGUCGUCAUCAUCAUGGACUUCGAGGGUCUAUCGCUGAAGCAGGUCAAAGCGCUGACCCCUUCCUUCUCCAAGCUGCUGCUGACCUUCAUCCAGGAAGCGAUCCCGCUGCGGUUGAAGGAGUUCCACGUCAUCAAGCAGCCGUUCAUCUUCAACAUGGUCUGGACCCUGUUCAAGCCGUUCAUCGGAGAUAAGCUGAGGAAAAGGCUCGAAUUCCACGGUAGCGAUAUGAAGAAGCUGCACAAGUACGUCGAUCCGGCCUACCUACCAAAGAAUUACGGCGGAGAACUGCCAGCCCUGGACUACGGAUCCCGGGAGUGGUACCCAUGCAUGGAGAAAUACCAGGACCACAUCGCCAAGUGGAACACCUAUGGUUUUGCCAGCGGACCUUGAACAUUCUCUCCCCCAUACAUCCACUUUGUUUUUUGUUUCUAUCGAUGGAAAGUAUACGACCAAAAUUAUUUAGUGAUAUUAGCACGAAGAAGGGGCCACCGAUGAUUAACGGGACGACCGUAAAAUUGAUAAGAAACAAUGCAGCUUUUUUAUGGCACAAACCAACGAUGACGUCAAGACGUAAAGAACCCAUUUGAGGCCGAGAGCUCUCACGAACCAACGAGUAGAUAUUAUUUUAUUGCUUUCCAGAACGGUUUUACUUAGUCAAAUAACCUAAGAUGACAAAUUUCUAAACGAUAAGAUUAUAUUUAUAGAUAAGAUUGUGAUAGCGCUACUUACGUUUAAUAAAUUUUAAUAAAUUAUAACAAGGAUUUUUUUUAAA